AUGCCAGCACCAAAAAAGAAUCGAGCUCAAUUACCACCUAAUCAAAGCAAUGCUCCUAACGCAACAAAAGAUACCCCAGGAUGGGCAUUAAAAAAGGCUGAUGGCGAAAUGUUUACAAGGGCUGAUAUACAGUACGAUCUAAUGAGUGAUAUCUUCAAUGAUCGAACUUUUCAAUUCACAAGUCCUCUAGAUCAACGUGCUGUUUCUUUCAAAGAACUUUAUGUUGAAACAUUAUCCAAAUUCAGUAAAGCUGCAAAAAGUACUGUAAGACAAUUAGAUGAGAACCCGAAUUGGGCUACUAAUUUUUGUAUAGCUUCUUUCUUGAUCAACAUUGGUCGUAUCAACACGACUGUAGCUUAUCAUGGAAUGAGACUGACAACUCGAAAUGAAUUAGUUUAUCCCGAAUUAAGGGCUUACAUGCGAACUUAUCAUCCGAUUCCUUGUUUACAAAAAGAUGAAUAUUGUAAAACAAAUUUACAAGAUGCACCAAGAAUCAAGACAAUGUUAAAAUCUUGUCAAUUACCUUAUGAAGUUAAUAAUGAAGCAGGUUCAUUACCUGAGAUCUCAAAUCGUAGUGCUCAUGGUUUACGUCCACCUACGACUGUUGUGAAUUUAAUCUUUGAAUUAUUCAAUGUUGAACCGUAUGUAAGCGCGAAAUAUUUUCCCGAAGGAUUUGUAUUACACGAUCUAUUUUCACCUACAACUAUCCCAACCAAAUUAAGAGCCUACGCAUUCCUAUGGCUAAUGCACCACUUUCUCGAAGACCCAUCUUCAGCAGCAGAUUUCACCGUAGAAACAAAGAUUCAAGCUUUUCAAUUGGCAAGAUUAGAAGAUAUUCAUCCUUCAGCAAGAUUACCAGAUAAUAUAGAAAAUAUAGAUUUAGAUGAUGAAGUCAAUGGGGUAAAGAAAUGCAAUUGUGAAGAAGGGAUUGGAUUUAUUGAUGAUUUACCUAAUAGUGGGAUUACUGCUUUAACUGAAGAUGCUAACUUGACUAAGAAACAAAAGAUCAUGGUACAGAAUUAUGCUCAAUCUAUCGAAACUGAAGAUCUUCCAAAAUCUUCAGCUGGUGCAAGUGGUCAAUUACGACUUAGCGCUACUUCCUCACGAGCGGAUCCACGAAAUGGCGGAGCUAAUGACAUUCCACCUGUGAAAGCCAAUACGGUGGUCAAGACUCAGUUGACCCAUCUUGAACGACUUCAGAGUGCGAUUGAUGCCAUGACGAAAUAUGGGGAUGAUGAAGAUUUAGAUGCAGAUGAAGAUUCGCUUACACCAAUUCAAUUGGCAUGGAAACGAAAUCAAAAUGAUAUUGCACAAAACCGAGAUGUUGCCUAUGAUUCAGAUGAUUCGUCUAAAUGGACAGCACCAGAUUGGAAACCAAAAGAACUAAAAAAUCGAUUAUUGGGAUUUGUAUUUCCAACUUCAGAUGACGAUUCAAAAGAUCAAGUCAUCCGAUUUCAAAGUAAUAGAAAACCCACAAUCACAUCAUCAACUUACAGAACUCUUUCCAAGAAUCCGAUCAGUUCGAUUAACCUUUCGAAAACUAAUUCAAAUCUUUCAAAUCUCUCAAUGCCUUCAAAUUCAAAUCCACCACUUGUAAAUUCAAUAGAAAAAAUCAAAGAUUCAAAUCAUUUAAAUCCAUCUAAUUCACCUAAACGUAAACGUAAAAGGAAAGUAAUAGAAACCAAUCAAUUACAACCACAACCACAAGUCAAUCAACAACCACAACCACAUCUUACAUCUAAUCAAAUUGACCAAAACCCAAAUCAAGAGAGAAUCACCACCUCUUGA